UUAACGGGCCAUUUAAGUUUUCAGUUAGGCAGAUACACCUGGAUUUACAAAUAUUGCAGUUGCCAUGAUAGAAGAACCUGGCCUAUCAUUUCUUUUCAGUGAUUCACGUCUCUUUCGGUUAUUUCAUAAUCGCAAUUGACGAUUGCAAUGGCCAUUGUCGCGGUUUUGGCGCGUUAACGUAACGCCGCCGUGACGCCGCGCCACUUUAUGUAACGUUGUUUUAACGUCAUAUCCUAUUAUGUAAUUGUCAGUUGAAUUAAAAGGAACGAACCUGAACACAACGUCUUAUUACUUACAAAGUCUUUACAUUUUGGUACCGUGCCGAUUACACUAGAAGAACGAUGAAUUUACAUGAAUUACGAUCAAAUAGGGGAGGUACUAAGCGCACAAUCGCUAUUUUGCUUGAAAAAAAUCGACGAAAAGAAAGAGAAUGGAACGCGGAUAGAAAUCAACUCACUUCUGAAAACUUUGGAAACAAAAGUGGAAAUGCUCUUGAGACACUUAACGACAAAAUCUUAUCAAACACGUAAACUGAAGGAAUCGAAUAUGAAAUUGUGGAAACAGAAAUUUACGUGAUGGAUUUACGCAUGAAAUUAGACACACUUAUUGCCGAGCGUGAUCAACGGGAUACGAGCAAAGUGAGUCAGCAGCCGACAUUUCAUCCCAUGGAUACGCAGCGUGGUCGAGGGGAUACGGGUUUAGGAAUUCAACAGACGACAUUUCAUCCGUUAGAUGCAAAACGUGAUCAACGGGAUAAGAGCAUAGGGAGUCAGCAGCCGACAUUUCAUCCCAUGGAUACGCAGCGUGGUCGAGGGGAUACGGAUUUAGGAGGUCAACAGACGACAUUUUAUCCCUUAGAUGCGCAGCGUGAUCAAGCGGAUACGUGGUUGUACAUUCAACAGACGACAUUUCAUCCCGACGUUACACCAACUACACUGGAGAACAGAAAUACACAUGCGUUACUUAAUCCAGUCGAUACCAUUCAUCUGACAGAGUUUGUGGAGUGUGACGGGGCCAGCUGUGAUCAGAUUCAUAGCUCGGUGGUCACGUGUAAGACGACAACGCCGGGUACAUCUGCUACAACGCAGACUACAACUCUGCGUUCACCUGCUACCACGCAGAAGACAACGCUGGGUACACCUGCUAACACGCAGACGACAAUGUUGGGUACACCUGCUACCACGCAGACGACAACGAUGGGUACACCUGCUAUCAAGCAGACGACAACGAUGGGUAAACUUUUAAACAAUUCAACUCCAAACACGCAGACCACAGAGCUGCUUGCACCUCCAACCAAGCACAUCGUGAUACCCACGCAUCUUAACACGCAUCCCGCAUCUACACAAGGCAUUUCAACACUAACUCACAGUACGCAGCCUGGUGUUGAUACGACGGUAAUGCCUUCGUCGUCAUCCACGACAAGGAGGAUCACGACACCUCUCGCCCCGGGACACUUCUCCCUGCUUCAAGUAGCAACCCAGUGCGCAGUGGGCAUGGAACCGACAUAUCCUAGCAGCGCCGGCGGCUACCACGAGCGGCCGCGGACCUACGGCGAUCCGGUGGGAAACGCAUCACGCGACCAGACAAGCGUCUCCUCUGCAGAGUUGAAGAGCGAGCAGACAGACGGCGGAUUGGAAACUGAGAAUAUCUCAGUUUCGUGGUCGCCGUCACCGCAGAGUUUUCAGGGGGCAAGCUCCCAGCCACGUGACACGAGCAUGUCCAAUUUCAGCUCGUCGUCCGACUUCAAGCACUCGUCCGGCUCCGAGAGCGAAGAUCAUAAGCCGAACGGGUUGUCCGAGAAGUCACGUGGAGAUAGUCCGACUGUCAGCUCUACGGUGACCGCUUCUCACCAAGAUUCCCGCGCGUCACCGCCUGCGCAGCGUAAGUUGUACCACCACCCGAGUGUCGGAGCCGCGCCCGUCGGCUUCGACUUCCGGUACACCACGCGGAUGUCAACAUGAACAUGUACCCGCAUGCACAGAGAGUACCGGUGGAGCAGACGUACGAGGCGGCCGCCAAGUUGCUUUUCAUGUGCGUGCAAUGGACACACAACCAGGCCAAUCGUAAAACUCAAUCCGUUAGAAGUGCUAUGUGGAAGCGAAACCGAGAGAAAAAAGUGAUGAACAUUGUGAUUAAACAU